AUGAGUGGAUCCCCUAAACUUAGAAAACUUAACAUUGGGCCUUUGGUUAAAAUAAAGAAGCAAAUCAACUUACCUAAAAUAAGAAAAUAAGAGGAAUCAUUUUAGGCUAUUUUAAAUGUUUCUGAUUUUGAUCUAUCAUCUGAACGAGAUAGAUCCUUUAAUAAUCGAUCAUUAAGGAAAUUAGUUCAUACAACCAAUUUAAACCUUUCAACAGAAAAAAAAAUAUCAGAAGAAUAUGCUAUAUAUGGAUUAUCAAAACUUAAAAUUGAAAGAAUAUAACAACCUUUUUAAAGUGAAAGAACAAUUAAACAUUAAUAUUAUUUUAAAUAAGACGAAUAUACUAAUAAAUAAUGGUUUGAACUAUGUUUAAAAUAACCACCUCCUCAUGCUUUAGGAUAAUUUUAUAAAUAAUCUGAAAAGUAAAUUUUAAUUUACCUUUAGAUAAUAUUAAUGGUGUGAUGUAUAAAUUUUAGAUUAUAAUCAAGAGACAGAGAAAUUUUUAAUUCAAUAAUAUCCAAAAGGCCCUAAAAAACAAGCUGAUAGAUUAUAAAUUAAAUUCAAUAAUUAAAACUAAUAGUUUUUUGAAUCCAUGAUUCAAUAAGAGUAUCAAAUUAUUUAGUAAAUAGAUAACUUUAUUAACAUGAAAAAUAAUCUGAAUUAGCUUAUGUUAGUAGGAUCAUGGCUGUUGAUUCUAAAUUAGUUAAUUAAAUCUCUGAUCAAUUAAAAUAGAAACUUUAAAUUAGAUUUUCAAAGUAUAAGAAUUAAAAUUUAAUUAAUAACUUAAUUACAUAGGUUGAAGAUAUGUAUUAAUAAAACAUGAAGAAAUGUGUUUAUUUAAAAGAUUUAACUAAAUAUAAAUAAAAAUUUGUUCCAAUUCCCAGAAUGAAAGUAUUUUAUACAUCACAAUCAUAAUUAAAGAAAAAUCUUAUGUUUGUGAAUAAGGCUGUCAUAGAUUGUUGGUUAUAAAUGAUAAAAUUUAUGAAUAAUUUCAAAGUCAAUUUAUUUGAAUUUGAUAAAGUUCUUUUACCAGUCACAUGGGAUAAAUUUGAAUAGCUAAUUGAUUCGAAUAUGAAUAGAAUUGAAUAACAACUAAAAAAAUAAAGAUUCUUUAUUUACGCAUAAAUUUAAGAAAAUUUAUAGAAUACAUUUAAUUUCUUCAAUAUAACUAUGCCUGAAUAUGUUGCAAGUGAUUUGAAAAGUGUUGUGAAAAGGUUUGAUUUACAUUAUACUGAAUAUCUUUAUAAACUAUUAAGAGAUGAAUAAUAGAAGAUAAUUAGAUUUUAUUAAAAGUUUCAAUUAAUUUAAUAGAAUAUAAAAUUAGUUGCCACUUCUUUGUUUUAAUUAAAAAUUGUUGGAAUGAAUAAAUAGAAACUUGAAAAGUUUGAAUAAUCCAGAAAUUCUAUCAAUGAUGAUUUAGAAUUAAUCACUUUGGAUAUUCCCAUAAAUGCCGUUAUCAAUAUUGCAACAUAUCCAAAUAGAUGUUUGUUCAACAUAAUUUCUUAAUUAAAUAAAAUUGAGAGUGAAAUAGUUCCAUUAUUGAAGAUUCCUUAGCAGUAUUCAAUAGAAAGGGAAAAUUUGGCUUUUUUUGAAGUAACCAAAUAAGAAACAGCAGAUUUGAUAGAGAAAGAAUAUUCUAAAUGUUAAUAAUUUUGCAAGAAAUUUUUACCAUAUUAAUAUUUAUUGAUGCCAAUGAAAACUAAAGCAAUUAAUAAAAUUUUUGGAAUCGAAGGAAAAGAGAAACCUUCUUUAAACUAGAUUAGACUCUCUAUUAUUCGAGAAGCAUUAGAUAAUUUAAGCAAAGCAUAAAGAGAAAUAAAUUAUAACUUCAUAGAUAAUCAAAUAAUUGGACUUUUUACAUUAAAUUCUAAAGAAAUAAAAUAAAUUUUAAUAUAGAGAGCGCAAGAAAAUUAUUAAAUGAUUGUGUAAAAAUUAAUCGAAAUAAUUAAGCACAAUGUGACCAACAUAAAAACAUAUUACUAAGAAAUGUAUGCUAAAACUUCAACAGUUCCUUAAACAGAAGAAGAUUUGAUUGAAUUGAAGCUGUUUUUAGAUGAAAUAAAGAUUUAGUUUUCAAAAUAGUAUUUAGAGAUUACAUAAAUGUAAAUAUGAUCUUAAUUAGUUAUUAGUAAGAAAUUUAUUAAUUAUCUGGAUGAAAUAUUUUAAGAGUACGAUUAACUAUUAAUGAAAGAAUAUUAUUACCUAUUAUAAUGGCCAAAAGAAAUUAAAAAAAGCAUAAAAACAAAUAGUAGAUAAAUAGAAUCUAUUGAGAGAUAAUUCUUUUAAAAAUUAGAGCAUGAUAAGGAAGAAUUUACAGAAAAAUUAUUUUCAAUGAAAGAACAAUUUACAAAGAUAAAAGGAUUUAAUUAAUUUGGUAUUGUGAAACAAUAAGCAAAUGAAAUGAAAAUAUUGGCUGAUUGGAUAUUUUAAGGUUAAGAAUAAAUAAACUCAUUUAAUUAGAGGGAAACUAUGUUUUAAAUACCUUUAUCACAAUAUCGAGAAUUUAAUUAACUUAUGACAGAUUUCAAACCUUUUUAGUAUUUAUGGGAGUUAGCAAAUGAAUAUGAAUUUUAAAAGGAAUCCUGGCUUUAUGGUUCAUUUAAAAAUUUGAAUCAUUAACAAAUCCUCUAAAAAUUGACAUAUUAUGUAAAUGAAACAAUGAUAUUAUCAAAUACAUUUAAAGAAAUUAGUGAUGAAAAUGGAUAAUCUGUAACAAGAGGUUUUAGAAGGGCUUUAGAUGCAUUUAAAGAUAAUUUAUGGGUUGUUGAAACACUUGCAAUAGAAGCAUUUACUAAAAAGCCAGUAUUAUGGAGAGAACUUUUUAAGGAAUGUAGGAUUUAAAACUUUGAUCCAAAAGAAGAUUUUUCUUUAUAAUCACUAAUUUAGAGAGGAAUUUUGAAUGUUAAAGAAUAAGUAGUAUAAUUAUCAUAAAAAGUUGAGAAGGGUUGGAAUAUUGAAAAAAGACUUAAUGAAAUGUAUGAUAAGUUAGUAAUAAUUGAAAUAGAAUUGCAAGAAUUUAGAGAAACAUUUAUUUAGAAAAAUUAUGAGGAAGUAUAAACUCUAUUGGAUGAAUAAUUAAAUGUAUUAUCUAUGUUAAAGAGCUAACAACAUAUAAAAAUGGUAUUAGGUAAAGCAAAUUAAUUAGAAUAUAAAAUUGUAUUGAUUUAGGAUACAUUAGAAUUGGGAAUGAAAUGUUAAAAACAUUGGAUGUAUUUGGAUCCAAUAUUUGCAAGUGAAGAUAUAAAGAGAAAAUUAGUGGAGGAAACUGAAUAUUUUAAGAUGGUUGAUUAAUCAUAUAGAUAAUAGAUGGGAAUAUUGAAUAAGAAUAAAAUUUUAUGGGAUUCGAUAGAUAAUGAGAAAAUUAAGCAAGAGUUUUAAAAUAAUGUUUAAUUGUUGGAUUCGAUAUAGAAAUCCUUAUCAAAAUACUUAGAAUAGAAAAGAACUUUAUUUCCAAGAUUUUAUUUUGUUUCAGAUGAAGAAUUAAUAGAAAUUUUAGCAUUGGUGAAAGAUCCAAGAUUGUUAUAAAAACAUAUUUUCAAAUGUUUUGAAGGAAUGCAUGAAUUGAAAUUUGAAGGAAAUCAUACAUUAUUGGGAAUGAUGUCUUCAUAAUAAGAGUUGGUUAUAUUUGAUAAUAGGAUAGAAUUAUUUAAAGGAGAGAAAUAAGGAAACGUAGAAUAAUGGUUAUGUGAAUUAUAGAGAGUAAUGAAUUUAACAUUAAGAACUUAAUUAAACAAAACAUUAUAAGAUUUGAAUUCGUAAAAAUAGGAUUAUAUAAGUAAAUGGCCCACAUAAUGUAUAUUAUUAGCUGAUCAUAUAAAGUGGACAAGAAAUACAGAAAUAGCCAUAAGGGAAUUAUAAAAAAUGAAUUUACAUAUUCAUUUAGAUAUUCUAACUAAAUAAUUGUAGGAGACAGUAUAAUUAGUAAGGAAUGAGGAAAGAUUAGUAAUGAAAACUACUUUGGAAGCAAUGGUGGUAAUGGAAGUACAUUGUAAGGAUAUAGUUUAAUAAUUGAUUCAUUAAGAUGUAAAAAGUAUUUAUGAUUUUGCAUGGGUUUCAUAAUUAAGAUAUUAUUUUGAAGAUGAGGGAGUAAAUGUAAGAAUGGUAAAUGCAUAGAUUUAAUAUGGAUUCGAAUACUUAGGUAAAGUAACCAGAUUAGUAAUAACAUCAUUAACAGAUCGAUGUUAAAGAACAUUAUUAAGUGCUAUGCAUUUAAAUUAUGGGGGAGCUCCUGAAGGUCCAGCCGGAACUGGUAAAUCUGAAACUGUCAAAGAUUUAGCCAAAGCAGUUGCUAUGCCAUGCAUUGUUUUUAAUUGUUCAGAUGGAUUAAAUUAUAUAGCGAUGGGUAAAUUAAUUACAUUAAUAUUAAAAAGGUAAAUUUUUCAAGGGUCUUUCAUCAUCUGGAGCUUGGUGUUGUUUUGAUGAAUUCAAUAGAAUUGAUCCAGAAGUUUUAUCAGUAGUUGCUUAAUAGAUAUUUACUAUUUAGAAAGCAAUUAAAGAAAAAAGAAACAGAUUUACUUUUGAAGGUGAGGAAAUUAAUCUAAUCCCUACUUGCGCUAUUAAUGUAACUAUGAAUCCUGGUUAUGCUGGUCGAUCAGAAUUACCUGAUAAUUUAAAAAUACUCUUUCGACCUUGUGCCAUGAUGGUACCUGAUUAUGCCAUGAUAGCUGAAAUCUAUUUAUAUAGCAUAGGUUUUGAAAAAGCUAGAGAAUUAAGUCCCAAAAUUGUUACAUGCUUAAAAUUAUGCAAUGAAUAAUUAUCUCCUUAAGAACAUUAUGAUUUUGGAAUGAGAGUACUCAAAGCUGUAUUAAGUACAGCUAAAUAAUUGAAUAUUGGAACUGAAGAAGUCAUUUGUUUAACAGCUUUAAUAAAUGUUAAUAAACCUAAGUUUACUUUGAGUGAUAUCUAAUUAUUCUUAGCAAUCACUUAAGAUUUAUUUCCUAGUGUUAAUCCAUUAUCUUAAACUUCUCAAAUUUUAAUUGAUUCAUGCUUUGAAAGCAAUUAUUAACCAGAUAUCGAUUUUUAAGAAAAAUGUCAGCAAUUAAAUAAUACUAUAUCUGUGAGAAAUGGUGUUAUGUGUAUUGGAAAAACUUUCUCUGGUAAAACAGCAGCCAUUUCAACUCUAGGUAAAUCAUUAAAUGCUUAAACGCUAAAAUUAAAUCCAAAAGCUGUUACCACUGAUUAAUUAUAUGGUAAACUUGAUCCAGAUACUAAAUAAUGGUCAGAUGGAAUCUUACCUAUAUUAAUAAGAGAUAACUUAACUAGGCCAACGAAAAUUUGGAUUUGGUUUGAUGGACCUGUAGAUUCAUUAUGGAUAGAAAAUUUAAACACAGUUUUGGAUGACAAUAAAAAAUUGUGUUUGACUUCAGGUGAAAUCUUAAAGAUACCAUAAACAAUGUGUAUGCUAUUUGAAGUUGAAGAUUUAUCUGCUGCCUCACCAGCUACAAUAUCCAGAUGUGGUAUGGUUUAUUUUCUCUAAAUUGACUGGUAAAUAUUGAUGUUAUUAUUAAAGGUAUUUACAAGUUUAAAGUAUUUAAUUACCAGGUGAUUUAGAUAAAUAAUAUUUUAUUAGAAGAAUGAGAUUGUAAUUAUUACUAGUUAUAAAUUUAGUCUCUUAGAUCACUCAUAUUCUUGGGCCAAAGAGUAUGUGUAAUUUCCUGUCUAUGAUACUAUCAAUCUUAUGGUUUAGAGUUUUGUCUCAUUAUUGGUUUAGCUAUUAAAAUCUCUCUCUUUAAAUUAAUAAAAUAAUAAUAAUUGGGAUAGUUGUUUAAUAUUUGCUCUAGUCUGGUCGAUUGGAGGAUGUUUAGAAGAAAAAGGAAGAUCUUUAUUCAAUGAUUUUUUACAUAAACUUUUUAGAACUAAUAAAAGUGGAUUUAAAACUAAGUUUGGAGAUGAUCUAGAAUUAAAAUUAUACUUUCCAGAAAAAAUUGAAUUCUUUUCUUGUGUAUUUUAGGAUGGUUAAUGGAUAAAAUGGACUGAUGUAUUUAUGAUUUAAUUUUUAGUUAACUGAAAAAUUUGAAGUAUAACCUGGUAUGCAAUUUCAUGAAAUUAUUAUACCUACUGCUGAAUUAAUGAGGAAUGAUUAUUUUUGUAAAAUGGGAUUGCAUUUUCUAUUUUGUGGUCCAACAAGUACAGGAAAAUCAUUAUCUAUGAAUAAAUUCUCUAAAUUUUAAAUUACUUGUUCAGGAUAAACAACAAGUAAUAGUCUAUAAAGAUUGAUUGAAACUAAAAUAAAUAAGAGGAGAAGGAAAGGAUACUAUGGAGCUGAAGAAGGACAUAUUAUUAUAUUUGUAGAUGAUCUUAAUAUGCCAUUUAGAGAACCCUAAGGUGCUCAACCAGCUAUUGAGUUAUUGAGAUAAUGGAUGGAUUAAGGAGGAUGGUAUGAUCUUGAAAAUAAAGAAUUUAAAUAUAUGUGUGAUAUUACAUUUCUAAGUGCUAUGUAACCAGCAAGUGGAGGAAGGGAUUAAGUGAGUAAGCGAUAUCUUAGAUAUUUUAAUCUAUUGUAUAUUGGUGGUUUUGAUAAUCAAAGCAUUUCAAACAUUUUAUUAGUCUUUGUUGAUUGGGUUUUCCUAAAGAUUUAACCAUCAUAAGAUAUUUUAAAAUUAAGAAAUGAUCUUGUUUAUCAUACAAUUUAAGUUUAUGAUAAAAUUUAAUUGAGCUUGUUACCGACUCCUGCUAAAAGCUUAUAUAUUUACAAUUUAAGAGAUUUAAUUAAGGUUUUUGAGGGAAUGAGUAAAGUGACAAGAAUAAAUAAUUAAUACAAUUUAGUUAAGCUCUGGACUCAUGAGUGUUUGAGAGUAUUUAGUGAUAGAUUGAUAGAUAGUUAUGAUUUGAAGAUUUUUGAGAAUGUUCUUAAAGAAUCAACUACUUAAAUAGGUUAUUAAAUUUAAGAUUACAAAAACUUAAUUUAUGUAUCUUUCUUACUUAAUGUUUAUGAUGAUGCAGGUAAUGUGUUAAAUGUAAAAUAAAAAUUAUAGCAAGUUCUUGAAGAGUACAAUUAAAUGAAUCAACAACAUACUUUAAGUCUGAUUUUAUUUAAUAAUGCAGUUUUGCAUAUUUCAAGAAUAGCUAGAAUAUUAUUAGCUGUUUAAGGUCAUGCUUUAUUGGUUGGAAUGGGAGGAACAGGAAGAAGUAAUUAUUAUUAUCAUAUUAAGCAUCCCUUUCAAAAUUAGCUAACUAUAUAAUUUUCAAUGAACAUGUGUAAAUGGUUGAUCCAAGAUAAUGGGAUGAUUAACUUUUAGGUAUUCUAAAACAUAUAGGUUUGGAUGAUCAUAAAUCUACAAUUAUUUUUAACGAUUCUUAAUUUUAAACAGAAUCUAUGUUAGAAGAUGUAUGCAAUAUAAUGAGUCAUGGAGAAAUACCACAUUUGUUUCCUCCUGAAGAAAGAAUUAAAAUAUAAGAAGAAAUGACAUAUCCUAAAUUUGUCUUAAAUUGUAAAUUAAAUACUCAUGUAAUUUUAUGUAUGUAACCUGUUGGAACUUAAUUUAGAAAGAGAUUAAGGAUGUUUCCAACUAUUAUUAAUUGUUCUACUAUUGAUUGGUUUAUGAGUUGGCCUGAUGAAGCAUUAGAAUCUACUGCCAGUUAAUUUUUACCUUAAAAUUUAGUAAAAAUAGCAGUUGAUAUUCAUCACAAAGUUUUAGAAAUCAAAGAAAGAUUUACUCAAGAACUUAGAAGACAUUUUUAUGUCACACCAACCUAAUAUUUACAAUUAUUAGCAACUUUCAAAAAAAUUCAUACUGAAAAAAAUGAAAAUUCAAGAAUUUCUAUAGAUAAAUUUGAAACUGGGGUUGAGAAAAUUAUUUAAACUGAAAAGGAAGUAGAUAAAAUAAGAAAAGUUUUAUUUGAAUUACAACCAAAAUUAGAAAAAGCAACUGUUGAAAAUCUUGAAUUACUUAAGAAUAUAUAAAAAAAAUAAAAAGAAGCAGAUUAAACCAGAUUAAUUUGUGAAUAUGAUGAAUAAUAAUGUAGUUUAAAAAGAGAAGAAGCUAAUUAAUUAAAAGAUAUAUGUUAAAAGUAAUUAGAUAAUGUACUUCCGUUAUUAUCAAAAGCAACUGAGGCACUGGAAAAAAUAACAAAAGAUGAUAUGAUAUUAUUAAAAUCGUUCCAAAAACCUCCUCCUUCAGCAGCAGUAGUUAUGCAAGGAUUAUGUUAUGCAUUUUAAGAGGAUGAAAAAGUUAAAGGUAAAAAUAAUGGAAAAGAACCAGCACAAAUGGAAGAUUUUUGGGAAUAUUCAAAAAAAUAUGUUUUAAAUGAUAAAUUGAUAAAAAGAAUAAAAAAAAUGAAAAUAGAAGAGAUUAGAGCAAUAAAUCCUACUAAAAUAUAAAAAUUAUCUGUUUUUAUUUAAAAUCCAUUAUUUGAAAGAGAUAAAGUAUUUAAUGCUUCAAUGGCUGCAGGAAAUCUAGCUGAUUGGAUUAGAGCAGUUUAUUCUACUUAUGAAGCUGUUGAAAUUAUUGAACCAAAAAAAGCUUAACUAGUUGAAGCUGAAAAAAAUCUUAAAUUAGCUGAAGAAUAAGUUGAAAUAAAAAGAUAAGCAUUAGCAGAAGCUAUGCUUGUUUUAAAUGUAUUAUCUGUAGAAUACUAAAAAGCUAGAAAAGAAAAAGAAGAAAUUGAAAAAAAGGUUUCAUAAAUUUAAGCAUAAUUAAAUAGAGCAGAAAAAUUGACAAAUGGAUUAGGAGAAGAAAAAUAAAGAUGGAAAAAGAAAGUUAUUGCUUACAAAUCAGAAUAAUCAAAUGCUGAUGGGGAUUGUUUAAUUAGUGCUGCUAUUAUAUCUUAUUUAGGUGUAUUUCCAAUUUAAUACAGAGAAUAAUGUCUAUAAUUUUGGAAAUUAAAACUUAAAUAAAAUUAAGUAAACUUUUCUGAUGAUUAUACAUUAUAAGUAUAAUUAUGUGAUCCAAUCUAAAUAAAUAAAUGGAUAUAAUAAAAAUUACCUAAUGAUUCUUUUUCUAUAGAUAACGCUAUUAUAUUAAAACAAUCUACAAGAUGGCCACUUAUGAUUGAUCCUUAAUUAUAAGCUAAUGAAUGGAUUAAAAAUAUGGAAGAUAUUAAAGUAUUAUUAAUUCUGAAUUCAACAUAACCACCAUAAUAAGUUUAAUUAUAAUUAGAACAUGCUAUUUAAAUUGGAUAUCCUGUAUUACUUGAAAAUCUAGGAUAAAGUAUUGAUCCUCUUUAUGAACCAAUUCUAUAAUAAAAAAUUAUAAGAAAGUAAAAUAAAUGUUCAAUCAAAUUUGGAGAAAAAUUAAUUGAAUAUUCAAAUGAUUUUAGAUUUUAUAUGACUACUAAACUUAAUAAUCCUCAUUUUUAACCAUAAGUCUGUGUUAUGGUAAAUAUGUUAAUGUUUCAAGUUACAUAAGAAGGACUUGUUGAUUAACUUUUAAAUAUUGUUGUUAAAAUAGAUGAACCAUAAAAGGAAGAAUAAAGAAUUAAAAAUAUACAAUCUAAUUUUAUUAAUAAAAAUAAACUUAUUUAAACAGAAACUUUAAUUUUAAAAUUGCUUUCUGAAUCAUAAGGAGAAUUGUUAGAAAAUGAAGAUCUUAUUUAAACACUUUAAAAAUCAAAAGAUGAAAGCCUUUCCAUUGAAGAAAAAUUAAAAGGACUUGAAUAUGAUAGAGUUAAUUUCAAUCAAAUACGAUAAUUUUAUAAACCUGCUGCUGAAAAAGUAGCAAGUUUAUAUUUUAUUUUAAAUGAUCUUGCAGUGAUAGAACAUACAUAUUUAUGGUCACUUGACUUCUAUUUCUCACUUUACACAAAGUCAAUUAGAGAGGCGUAAUAUGAAAAAUCUAAACGAAACUAAAAUAUUAUUGAAAAAUUUAUUUUGACACUUUAUACAUAAAUUAAUAGAUCCUUAUUGGAAAAAGAUAAAUUAAUUUUUAGAUUUUUAUUGUGUGUGAAAAUGAUGAAUGUUCCAACAGAUCUUAUUAGAACAACUGUGAUGGGUUGUACUCUUGCAUCAACGGAUAUUUAAAUGCCAAAAGGAUUUACUUGGUUAACUAAUAAAAUGUGGUUAGAACUUGUAGAUUUAACUAUUCAGUUUCCAUAAAUAUUUGAAAGUAUUUGCUCUGAAUUUGUUGAAUAAAAACAUUUUUGGGAUAGUUUCUAUGUUAGUUAAACAUCUUAUAAAAUGUAAUAUAGAGAUUUAGAUUAGUAUUAGAUAAAUAUGCUAAUUAAGAUUAUUAAACCUGAAUAAUUUAUUUAAGCCACUAAUGAAAUGAUAAGAAAAUAAAUUGGAAAUGCUUUUUUAGAGAAUAUUCCAACAACCUUUGAAUAAUUUUAUUUAAAAUCAGAUUGUAAAAUUCCUUUAUUAUGCUUGAUUACUCCAGGAGCAGACCCUAGAUAAGAAAUUAUUAAAUUGGCAUCUAAGUAUGAUUGUGAAGAUAAAUUUAAUUAAAUUUCUUUAGGACAAGGUCAAAGUUAGUUGGCAAUAAAAAUGAUACUUAGUGCUAUGUCUUAAGGUUCUUGGGUAUUACUAUAGAACUGUCAUUUAGCAUCCUCUUUUAUGCCAGAUUUAGAAUAAUUAUUUGAGACUCAAUAUAAGAAAGAAAUAAAUGCUGAUUUCAGGUUAUGGUUAACUUCUUAACCUACUUCAAUAUUACCACAUAAUGUUAUAUUAAAAUGUAUAUUUAUGAUAAAAUAAUUUUAGCUUUAAAAAUUACAUAUGAAUUACCAAGAGGAUUAAAAAAUAAUAUGUUAAGAUCUUAUUAAACUUUAGACGCAGAUAAAUUUGAAUAAUGUAAGAAACUGAAAGAAUGGAAGAAUUUAUUUUUUUCGCUUUCAUUAUUGCAUGCUUGUUUAUUAGAAAGAAAGAAAUAUGGUCCAUUAGGAUGGAAUAUUGGAUACAAUUUUUCAUAACAUGAUUUGGAGAUUUCAAAAGAGCAGAUAGUAUUUUUUUUAGAUUAAUAUUCUGAAAUACCUUGGGAUGCUCUUCAUUAUUUGAUUGCAGAAAAUAAUUAUGGAGGUAGAGUAACAGAUCCAAUGGAUAGAAAACUCUUAAAAAUUUAUGUAGAGGAUUUAGUGAAUUAAAAGACAAUUUCUCAAGACUAUAUAUUUUAUGAUAUUUAUUAAAUACCACCUUAGAUGAAUUUAAAAGGUUAUAAUGAUUAUAUAUCUUAAUUACCAUUAAACGAUCCUCCUUAAUUAUUUGGUUUACAUGCAAAUGCAGAAAUAUAUUCAGCAAUAUUAGAGACUGAGAAUUUAAGUUCAGUGAUUUUAUAAUUAUUGCCUAGAACUUAUGGAGAUUAAGCUUAAAAACAUACUGAUAGUUUAGUAUGCAAAAAGAGUUCAGAAAUUCUGAAAAACUUACCUUAACAAUUUAAUAUUGAAUAAAUUUAAUAAUUGUUUCCAUUAACAUAAGAUAAUCCUUUAAAUGCAGUAAUACAAUAAGAAAUUACAAAAUAUAAUAAACUUUUAGCUAAGAUUUAAGAUUCUUUAAGUGUACUUGUUUAAGGUUUAGAUGGAUUUAUUAAUAUUUCUGAUUAAUCUUUAGAAAUAUACAAUUCUGUAUUUGAUAAUAAAAUACCUGAAUCAUGGUUGGCUUUAUCUUAUUUAACAACCAAAUCUUUAGGUUCAUGGAUAACUGAUUUAAAACAAAGAAUCGAAUUUCUUAAUUUAUGGAUUACAAAAGGAUAACCUAUAGUCUUUUGGCUAGGUGGAUUAUUUUUUAUAUAAGGUUUCUUAACUGCAAUUUUAUAAUAAUAUUCAAGAAAAUCUAAAAUUCCUAUUGAUCAAUUAAGAUUUAAUUUUAAAUUUCAUUAAGAUGAGCCUACAGAAAUUGGAUAUGAAGUUUAUACAAAUGGAAUAUCCAUAGAUGGAGCAUCUUUUGAUUUCCAAGAUUUAACUUUAGCAGAACCAUCAAGUAGUAUGUUAUUUUAUCCGUGUCCUAUUAUCUAAUUUUGCCCAACUUAAGAAAUUAUCAAAACUCAUAAAUAUUAUUCAUGUCCACUAUAUAAUACUUCUUAAAGAAAAGGAGUUUUAACAUCAAAUGGAUUAUCAGUUAAUUUUAUAUGUAAAAUAAAAGUACCAAUAAAUAACAAUAAAGAACAUUGGUCUAAAAGAGGAGUAGCGUUAAUCGUCUAAGCUAAUUGA